AUGGAAUCUCGGUCUGUUGAAGGCGAAGAGGAGCAGCGCCGCGUGCCGCUCAGGGAGAGACCGGAGUGGUCCGAUGUAACUCCACUUCCGCAAAACGACGGCCCCAACCCCGUCGUUCCGAUUCAGUACACCCAAGACUUCGCCGAAGUCAUGGAUUACUUUCGCGCCGUUUACUUCGCCGAUGAACGCUCCCCUCGCGCUCUCGCUCUCACCGCCGAAGCCAUCCAAUUCAACUCCGGCAACUACACUGUGUGGCAUUUCCGGCGGUUGUUACUUGAGUCGCUAAAAGUUGACUUGCACACUGAACUGAAGUUUGUGGAGCUUAUGGCCGCUGGAAAUUCAAAAAAUUAUCAGAUGUGGCAUCAUAGACGAUGGGUUGCUGAGAAGUUGGGACCUGAAGCUAGAAACGAUGAGCUUGAGUUCACUAAGAAGAUACUCUCUAUUGAUGCCAAACAUUAUCAUGCAUGGUCUCAUAGACAGUGGGUUCUUCAAGUACUUGGAGGAUGGGAAGAUGAACUUGAGUAUUGCUCAGAACUUCUCGAAGAAGACAUUUUUAAUAAUUCUGCUUGGAAUCAGAGAUAUUUUGUGAUAUCAAGGUCUCCUUUCUUUGGGGGGCUAACAGCUAUGAGAGAGUCGGAAGUGCUUUACGCCAUUAAAGCGAUUAUAGCCCACCCUGAAAAUGAAAGCUCGUGGAGAUAUCUACGAGGACUUUAUAAAGGUGAAACCACUGCAUGGGUAAAUGAUCCUCAAGUUUCUUCUGUGUGUUUAAAGAUUUUGAAAACUAAGAGCAAUUACUUGUUUGCUCUUGGCACUAUGUUGGAUCUUAUAUGCUUUGGUUAUCAACCAAGUGAGGAGAUGAGAGAUGCCAUUCACGCUUUAAAGACAGCAGAUAUGGAUAAACAAGAUUUUGAUGAUGCGAGGGGGGAACAAAAUUUAAAUAUAGCACGAAAUAUUUGUUCUAUCCUAGAACACGUUGAUCCAAUUAGAACCAACUAUUGGAUUUGGCGCAAGAGCCGGCUUCCUCUAUCAGCUUAG